AUGAGAGAUUUAACAACAGCGAUGUCCGAUCUUCCACGAGAUUUGGAAGAGGAAGUGCUCUCUAGGGUCCAGUUAGCAUCUCUUAGAGCAGUGCGAACUACUUGCAAAAAGUGGAACCGUCGUUUAUCCAAAUAUCGCUUUACAAAGAAGUAUAUUCGUAAAUCAAGAUCAGCAACGGCGGAUAAAGAGUUUUUAGCGAUCAUGAUGUUGGAUUCUAGUCUAUAUCUAAUGAAUGUUGUUAUUGACAAGAUCGACAACGAAAACAACGUUGAAUCAUCUAUAGAGAGAAAAGGUAAACUGAUUAGCGUAAACGACGCAGAUGGAGUCGAUAUAAUAAGCGUCGUCCACUAUAAUGCUUUGUUGUUAUGCCUCACCAAAGAAAAAACACCGAAGGCUUGUGGUUUGGAACCCUUGUCGUGGGCAAUCAAGGUGGAUCGAAACUGCUUAUCGUUGCGGUUUAUUUGA